AUGACUAAUUUUGGGGAGGCAGACACAGCAGCCUUGAUUAAGUAUGAAAUUGGGGAAUUGAAACUCUUCUGUAGGCUGAAUAUGACACUGAGUAUGUGGUUUACCUGGUUCAAUUUGACUAACCAGUCGGAAAGGGCACUGAAGAUCCUGUCUUUGUCAUCCGUGCCCAAUCUGCUCAAAGCAGCUCUGAUACUAGUGACGCCACUACUUCAGAUAGCAUCUUCUAUGAACUAUACAUCAAGUGCAGAGAUUGAACCAGUCACCCAGCAACUGGCUGAGAAACUCCUUGAUAUUAUACAGAAUAAUGAACAAAAAGACAUGGCUAGUAAACAGAAGCCUUCUUGUGAGCUUGCAUUUCCUAUAACUAGUUGGUAUAAAACUAUUUUUGCAACUUGGAAGCUCUUGGAUAGUUUCAGUAUGGAUGUGAGCGCUGCUUCUGUUUGGUUGUCUUCUAUCAAGUCAACAUUGGCUGUCAAUGACAAAGUUCCUGAACACAUUGCUCUUGUGAUUGCAUAUGUAAUUUUAAAAGAGGAUGGGGAGUCUCUUCGCUUUGCUCUGGAUACUGCCAAAGACUUGGCUAAAGCCGACACUUUCCAGGCACCACAUCUCAUUUCUGUUCUGAUGUUUAAGUUGGGAAGACCACUGGAACCGACCCUGUAUCAUGCUAUUCUUUAUACACUUCCUGCACUGGGCACACACAAGGUUUGUGUUGCUCAGAUAAUUCGUGCUUUACACAUGCUGUGGAAAACAACACAUCUUAAAGCCGUAUCUCUGCGUCUUAUGACAAUUCUAUGGGAAAAUCAGGAUCGUGUUUAUCCAGAGCUGCAGAAGUUCAUGGCAUUAGUUGAUAUGCCGUCAGUAUCGCUUGUUAAGGAGGAUCAGUGGGAGCAGAUGAUAGCCAAAGCAGCAACGAUCAGGGACAUAUGCAGGAAGAGAUCUUACCAGCACGGAUCUGAUAUGUUGGCAGCAAUCUCCAAGAUGCUGAAUGAAUGUGCAAGAUCUGACCAGGCCACGCCUGCAGUUCUUGUACUUCAGGGGCUACAUGCAUUAUGUCAAGCUGAGACUGAACCAUAA